AUGAGGUGUGAUAACGAGACCUACUUGGUAGGUUUUACCCUUCUUGGACUAUUUCCAGGAACAAGACACAUUAGUGUUCUAAUCUGCACCAUACUCCUGGUCUACAUUAUUGCCAUCACAGGAAACACAACCCUGGUCCUCCUCCUCGUUCUGGAUCCCCAGCUCCAUAGUCCCAUGUACUUCUUGCUCAGUCAGCUCUCCCUCAUGGAUAUCUCCCUAAUUUCCACGACUGUCCCCAAGAUGCUAACCAAUUUUUUUUCAGGAACAUCAGAUAUCUCAUCUAUUGCCUGUGGGACUCAGAUUUACUUUCAUUCUGCCCUUGGAGGCAGUGAAUGCAUUUUGCUCACUCUGAUGGCCUAUGACAGAUAUGUGGCUAUUUGCAACCCCUUGAGGUAUGGGGCCAUUAUGAAUUCUGAGGUUUGUUUUCAGAUGGCCAUUGUGUCAUGGGGAGGGGGGGCAUUUAAUUCCCUAAUCCAAACCAUAUAUACUUUGCAUCUACCGAGGUGUGGCUCAAGAGAAGUCCACCAUUUCUUCUGUGAACUACAGGCAGUGCUUAAGCUGUCAUGCGAGGACACCUCAACUUAUGAAAAAGUCGUUUUUGUGAUUGGAAUUGUGUUCCUUCUCACACCCUUUGGCCUUAUUUUGGCAUCCUACAUUUUUAUCUUCCACAAUGUUCUCCGCUUAAAUUCUACCAAAGCAAGGAAUAAGGCUCUCACCACCUGCUCUUCCCAUCUGAUGGUGGUAUGUCUCUACUUUGGUCCAACCAUGUUCAUCUACAUGAUUCCCAGUGUCUUGCACACCUCUGAGCAAGAUGAGAGUCUCUCUGUAUUCUAUACCAUCCUAACCCCUAUGCUCAAUCCCCUCAUAUACAGCCUAAGAAAUAAGGAGGUGGGAAAAGCUCUAAAGAAAGUUCUGAGCAAAGUUUAUAAUAUACGAUAG